AUGUUCCUGUAUAACGAGCCCACAGAAUGUAGGAUUGGUGGAACUUGGAAGCAGAAGAUGGGAGGCGGGGCGGCAGACCACAGCGGGCAGAGCAGCACGUGCUUGCCCAAUAGUGCGCAACAGGGGGACGGGGAAGCUGCGCAGCGCGACGCGGUACUCCGCCCUCAGGAAAGGAGGGCGAGGUGGAGGGCGACGCAGACUCCAAAGGGCCGCAACGAGGUGGAGGUGGAGGCGGAGGGCGAUGCGGAGGGCCGCGACGUGGAGGAGGGCAAUGUGGAGGAGGGCGACGCGGAGGUGGAGAUGGGCGACGCGGAGACGGAGGACUCAGAGGAGGUGGUGGUGGGGGACGCAGAGGCCGGGGACGCGGAGGCGGAGGACGGCGAGUGUGAGGGCUCGCGAGAUGACGCAGAGGGCCGGGUAUCUACAUAA